GAUUCCUCAUCUGCCUACCAGAGCUGAGCCAGAAAGAUUGUUAAGCACACACACAGGAACAAUGCCAUGCAGAGACCAUCCAUCUACAAGUGAAUACAGUACAGAUCAUUCCAACUCUCCACAGUCUUCCUCAAGCUCAAGUGAACUCUCAACUCCUCAUAGAAACACUCCAGUGGAUAACAACUGGCACUUCAAUUUUGAGAUGCCCUGGAGUAAAAUGCCGUCAGAACUUACCAGAAAGCUUGAAAAUAAAGAGCGGCCAACAGGACGUGAAAGACGUGAAAUGAUUCGCCUGAUGUUAGGAGAGAUUCUAACCAUCUGCCCUGCACCAGGGAAGAAACAUCUCUGUGAAAUUGCCAGGAAGAUUGUUUUAAGAUAUCCUCUGUCAUUUAGAGAUGUUAUUGAAGAUCAAGUUGUUGGUAGUGGCUAUGACUCCCUUACCAAGCAGCUGCAGGCUAGACUUGACAACAUGAAAAGAGGGAAAACCUCACUUUACCUGAGAAGACAGACGUCCAGCACAAGUGACGGAGAAGACCCACCUUCCAAGAAAAGAAGAGUGGACACAUAUGGGUGCACAAAUUGGCAACCAAAACGGCUGCCACUGGGUGAAACUGAGGAGACUCAGAAAUGUGCACAAGAAGAAUUAAAGAACAUGCACAAAAACAAAAGCAAGAACACCAAAAGUAUUAAAGAAAAAAUGCUGGCUACUUUCUACACUCAGAGAAGCGACAUAAGUAGAAUGGAAAUCCCUGUUUUGGUAAAAGAGUGGCCAUAUCUGUUUGAGAUGUGCGGGAUAAUGGUCCACUUCAAAGAGCUAACAGAUAUGGAUGUUGACAAAGGAGCCAUCUCAAGUAAAUGUGAAAGAGUAAUUUCAUAUCUCAUGUCCCAUGACAAGAAGAACAGCAAAAUGGAGGGCAUCGGAGAAGGCAUUGAAAGUGCCAAAGCGAAGCAUCUAGAUCCUUAUCUUCCUGGAUGUGUGAUGCUGCUUCUGAAACAUUUCAGUGAAGAUCAGGCCAAGAUGUUCGUGAUGGUUGAUGAGACGUGUCUGCCAUCUGAAGUUGAUCAACUGCCCAGCACGCCUUGCGUCGUUGUGUGUGGGAGUUCUCCCCUCACAGCUGAAAACUUGAUGAUUGCUGUGGACCAGACCAUCGUGAAAGAUGGGGUUACAAAUUGUGGUGAUGGCCUUCUGAUGAUGUUCGUAUCCUACUACUGCCUCAACAUCAGUUAUCCACUGGAACUUGGAGCAACUCUGGAGUUCAUGCAGAGAUGCCUUUUCAGGAUAAAUCCAGAUAGGGGGACCAAAGUGGAGAAGCAGCAAUCUAAAAAACAGCAGUCCGUAAAUCCUAAGGUUCUUUCUUUGAUAACAAAAAUUGCAGACUUUGAAUGGCGAGAGUAGACAUCUCACAUGCCAGCUUCUUUCUGUUUCAUACAUUUCCAUUUAGUUCAUAUACUGUUCUGUAAUGUGUAAAGCGUUCAUUCUGCUUGUAUUUUGUGGCUCACUGUUAUCUUGAGUGAGUGCAGCGUUUUAACGUGUGUUUACACGUUUUAAAUUGUGUACAUUUCAAAGUAAAGAGUUAAAAAAAGCUCCCAGUAAAGACCGGUAAUUUUAACCAGUGGGGAGAACCAGUUUCAUAAAACGUGUGUGUGUGUGUGUGUGUGUGUGUGUGUGUGUGUGUGUGUGUGUGUGUGU